CCGAACCUUGCGCAACUUUGAAAUACGUCAUUGGAUUUCACUUUGGUCUUGUGAUGACAGCCUCUUCGCAAAACUCAUGCUUAAAUAGCUUCGAUAUUCGCAAACCAAGUGCGGAUUCUGCUAAAGAAGGUCCAAGUGGUUCCUCUCGACAACCAGCUUUCAAUGCAUAUCCCCUCGAAUCUUCACCUAAUUUGCUUAUUCCAACAAAUGAUGUGAUAUAUAUGCCAUUAAAUCCCACAAAUGUGCCUUUGUCGCUACAACGUGCAUGUGCCUCCAGUGAGACUGUAGGCGGUGAUACACAGAGUUACAGUCAUCCAAUAUGCCAUGGCUUCAUUUUUCCAAACUCAGAAGUAAGUUCAAAUGAUGCUGAGUUAAACCAGAUAAACAUUCCGAGUAUGCAAAACCACAUAAAUGAUGUUCCUUACAGUAUGCAGAGCCAGAGUUCGAGCAACGUGGACACAAACGCCCAAAAACAUCUUCAACUCCUGUUGCUUCAAAAGUUAAUUGAGUUGCAGCUUGCCGAACAUUAUAACUCAAUUAAAGACACACUAAUACUAACUAAAGACUCCAAUAAUGAGUCUCAAAACCCUAAAUUACUGCCAUGUUUUGUCAAAAACUCUGACUUUGAUGCAAGUUCUAACCCAGUUUCAACUGUAAACAACGAGAACUCAGAUAUGUCGACAUUUCUGGUCCCUGUUAAAGCCAAGUUUGAGGGCGAAAGUGGUUUGUCUUUACACAUAACUCCAAAUGACGAAAUCAGUAAUCCGACCCAAGGAAGUCCAGUUACCGUAGCAUACUCGAGUCAACCCAUCGUCUUAUAUCCAUUUUCCGUUCAACAAGAUAAUUCUACGGAAGAUACAUUCCCAGCCAGCCAAGCUGUGCCUGAUGCUUCUCCAGGUGGACCAACUGCUCAAACAUUUACGAUGAAGGACAUAGAUCACUGUAUACGGAGAGGUUCUCUGGAUUUCCCUUCUGAGCCAAGCAAUGACAUAGUUGAGAGUAUACGAGGUCGUACGAGACCAGGGUUUGUAUUGUUAAGCGUUCGGCAUGAAAAAAUCAACGCAGAAAAUAAGAUUUCACCAACUUCUGAGAAACAUUUCCAGGGGAGUCAUCCUCCUAUUUCAACAUCAGCCAGUCUUGAAACAAAGAAGUCGAAAAGUGUCACCAUGUCUAAAAAACUACCUAGAAAGAGAUUGAAGCAUAUGAAGAGCGAUGCAGAACUAAAAAAGCGACCCCUAAGAGGUUCGUCCAAAUCUCUCCUAAAACGCUCUGAAAACGCUGAAAUGUCUCCGACUCCGGUAGAACUUACGGAGGAUGAUCUUAAAGCUUUAUCUCCACAGUCAAGAUUUCGAGUGACUAGGUUCGCAGACAAAAAGCAAGCCUGGAUAGCUCCUGCAAAGGCAGGAUUCACUGUCCAUGAUUUAUGGACAACUAAACUUCCGGAAUAUGUGUUAAGAUGUGCCGAGCACCUAAAACUAUCAGGCUCUGGUUUAAACUCACAACAAGAAAACCUUACUGAAAUCCCAUAUUCGUUGGACGACAUUAUAAACGGACAUUGUUUGGCCUGCGAGAAGUCACCUCUUAUCAAGUUUGAGCUGUCUGCGUACCACGUCCACUACAUAUUUCAACCAACAUACUCUUACAUGGCGAACUGAGUGAACAUACAUAAAAAGAACAUAAACCAAGUGUCAUGAUCCAAAUUUUGGAAUAGAAUAAUGAUGUACAUGCUUAUAGAGUCUCACAAUGAGAAAAAGUUUUCCAGCACACUAUGAUUUUCAACUGUCACUUAUCCAACUUGCUCCAUAUGACUCAAAGUAAUAGCUUGUUUGCACUUUGUAGUUUGGUCCGUUUUUUUUAAAUAUUUUCAAUGUAUAAAUAUUUAUUCACUCCAUUUCAUUCAAUCAAGACAUAUUUUCAAGAUAUCUCACGAAAUAUGAACCAUGUUUCAUAUUCAUGUUAUACAUUAUUUAAUACUGGAUUAAACUGGAUUUGAUUUCAGUGGAAUUUUGCUAUUACUUUUAGAAAAUGGUUAUUUAUCAUCACUGGAUUUAUAAAAAGUAAAAAGAAUGAACUCUUUUGCUCUCAAUGCAAUAUAUUUAACAUUGUCAUGUAAACAAAAAGAAGCCUUUUCGGUAACUACUCUAGAUUUAAUGUGAACGUGUUGUAAUCUAUUCAUCAGUAAAGUAAUUUCAGGAAUGUGGCUAAUUUAAAACGUAAUCCAUAUCAUCUUUUUAUGUAACUAACAUAUCAUUAUUAUUUUUAAAUUGUUACUCAAAAAUUCUAAACUACUACAAA